GGGGUCUGGUUCUUUCAAGUAAGUGCUUAUAUGUUUUUCCAGCUGUUCUACCUGCACCAAGGAUUCUUACCACAUAUUUAUCGAUAUACUAGUCCAGUUCCUGCAAGUUUGCAAAUAAGUAAUCAAGGCACAAUCCAGAUUUUCACCUUAUUGGAAAUUCGCCACCAAGGAGAUUGGUAUCGAACCGUUGCGACGUGGACACCCCGCAUCUGUCACUACUGCACCACUGCAGAUAUUCUUCUAGACACCAUAAACAUUUUGCUAGUGAAAAGCCUCAUACUAGUAUGCACGAUGCUUCGUGUCAGGAGAUCGCGGUCCAUUCUGCUUGGAGCUCACAUCACGGCCAUAUUGCAUUUCAACUCUUCUCCACUUAACUUCGUACGUGGACGCCGGAGGAAGCUAGCUGCUCUCAAAGGACACACCGUCCACCUCUCUUAGCAUGUUCCACGUCUUUUCCGACAGUAAUGGCUUGACAUUUGACCCCCAUUUCAUUAUGAACGAGACCAGUUCUUCAUAAGUGCAUAUAUGGACGUCCCCUUCACAUUACAUCGGUAGCAGCCUAAAACCCGCGGCGCUCGUUAUAGCGCCAUGAUCCCUUUGUUACAGAAAAGUCCACUGGCAAGAGAUUGCGCU